AUGAGCACAAGUUGGAAAUUAACAUCUCAACUUCGAGAGAAAAUCUUACAAUAUGCAAAUUAUAAACAAACAUCAAUAUCCCUUCGACAAAUGGUUCAAUUUGGUCCUAAUCCAAGUCCAGGUUCGAUUUUCUUAGCAUCUCAAUUCAUCGUGGAAGAAUUACCUAUUAGAUUAGCUUUAAAAGUUAAAGAUUUAGAAAAUUCUCCUUUAGGUUUAAGUAAACAACCUUCAACCAUUACAGUUAAAAAUUGGUAUGCUCAAUCAUUUCAAGAAUUAACUGAAUUACCAAAACCUCAUAUUUCAGAAUCCCUUAAAGCUUUAUUAACUUCAAAUUUAAAUGCUUCAUCUACCAAUGAUUAUUUAAAUGGUGGUAAUAAAAAUCAUACCGAUGAAAAUAAAAUUUUAGAAAAAUCAUUGGAUGCAUCAGAUGAUUCAACUAAUCCAGCUAUAAAUAAUUAUUUCAGUGAUGAUGGUAUAGUAGUUAGAAAGCAUCAUCAUCAUUUAAAUAACCCAUCCAUUGUAAAUCCAUCAUCCUCCAUCACAACCGAAACAGCCACUUCAUCAUCAUCAACAACAUCUCAUUCCUCAUCCAAAUUAAGAAGUGAAAGCCCUACAUUUGGUAAAACAUACUACACUUCAUGUCCAGCUAAUAUAGUUUGGCCUAAAGAAGUUUAUGAUUAUAAUAAAUCAGUGUUUGAUGCAUUAACGAAAAUUAAAAAGAGACAUGAUGCUACAGUAGCAACUAUGGCAAGAGGCGUAAUUGAAUGGAAAGAACAGAAUAAAACCGUAUUGGUUAAUGCUGAUAUUCAAAACUUUUUGGAUCGAUUUUAUAUGUCAAGAAUUGGUAUUAGAAUGUUAAUUGGUCAACAUAUUGCUCUUAAUCAAGCUCAAGCUUCACCUACCAAACAACGAAUCUCAACUUUUUUAAAUGGAAAUGGUCAAAAAUCAUCAUCCCAAUCAAAUGGUGCUGCUGCAGGUGGAUAUAAUAAUAAAUUAAAUUAUGUGGGAGUUAUUUGUACUGAUUGUAAUGUGGGUGAUAUUGCUGAAGAUGCCAUUGAAACUGCCAAAUAUGUUUGUGAAGAUUAUUAUGGAUUAUUUGAAGGUCCUGAAAUCCAAUUAAUCAUGGCUAAAGAAGAUAUUAGUUUCAUGUAUGUUCCUGGACAUUUAAUUCAUAUGUUAUUUGAAACGUUAAAGAAUUCAUUACGUGCAUCCAUUGAAUUCCAUACUCCUAAAUUAAAAGCUAAAAUGAUUCAAGAAGAUCCUACUUUAAAAGAAGAAUCAAUCGAUAUUAAUGAUUUAACGUUCCCUCCUAUAAAAGUGAUUAUUUCAGAAGGGAUUGAAGAUAUUUGUAUCAAGAUAAGUGAUGAAGGUGGUGGUAUUCCUCGUUCUGAAGUUCCAUUAAUUUGGACUUAUCUUUAUACAACUGUAAGUGAAACUCCAGAAUUAGAUUCAAAUCAAAAUUCUUUUAAAGCUCCUAUGGCUGGAUUUGGUUAUGGUUUACCAAUUUCAAGAUUAUAUGCUCAAUAUUUCGGAGGUGAUUUGAAAUUAAUUAGUAUGGAUGGAUAUGGUACUGAUGUUUAUUUACAUUUGAAUAGAUUAAGUAGUAGUUCAGAACCAUUACCAUGA